UUUUCUUUUCCAGUUUCUUUUUUCUUUCUAUUUUUUUUUCUACAAAAUAUGUCAUACAUAUCUUCACUAAACUUAUUGAAUACGGACUCACCUGCUCCUCAUACGGAGGAUUCAUUCUCUGACGACCUUUCUCUUUGGGCCAAUGCUCAAUUUACGUUUGACAGUACUCCUGGUUCAGCUCUUCUUGAAGACGACAAGAAGGAAGAAAAAGAAGGACUAUGUACUUCCUUGAUUGAUUUUACCAUGGAAAAUCAUCAACAACGGCAACAACAAUCAACACUUACUAAUUCAAGUUACAUGUCUUCUGACCUUUUCUUGGCCCAACUUCAACAACAACAACAACAAUCUCAGUUGGGUUUGCCUCGAAUUGCUCCUGCCAUUGUGGAUGAACAUCAACGACAAUACAUGAAUUCGACAUCGAUGAAUCAUCAUACCAAUAAAGGUAACAAACGAUCUUUCAAUGAUAAGAACAACAGCAGCAACAAGGAUGACUCAAACCAGCAAUUAUCUGCUGAAGAUGACAAACGCCGCCGCAAUACUGCUGCCUCCGCUCGAUUCCGCCAAAAAAAGAAGCUACGUGAAAAGGCAUUGGAACAACAAUCAAAAGAAAUGUCCUCUAAAUGUGAAACUUUAGAAAAACGUGUACGUGAAUUGGAAUUGGAAGCCAAAUGGUUACGUGCUCUUGUUGUGGAAAAGAAUCCUGCUCUGCUACCAGAUACAUCAUCUUCCUCCUCUUCUUCUUCUUCAUCCGGUGCCCAAGAAUCCGCUACAACAGCUUCAUCCUCUUCCUCUUCAGACGCUUCUACCUCUUGAUUCUUCUCAUUUGAUACUUAGUAUAUGAUUUAUUAGUAUAGGCAACUUCUUUUCUUUGUCUUUUUUUUUUUUUUUUAC